UUCAUCUGGACAACCGGAAGUAGUCUCAGUAGGAAGAGAGGGCUAAUUCAUAUUUUGGUGGAUUUCAGUCCUAUGUGCCACGCUGAGCUAUUGUAAAUGUCGUAUGACGUGUUUAAUAUUAUUGGCACGUUUCCGGCAACAUAAGCUUGGUCUGGGAUGUCAGGGGAGGACAUUGAGUUUACUGGUGGAUAAAGACGUCGCACACGACUCCAUAUUUUCCUGACCUAGGUUUACGAAUGUCCCUUACACUGACAGCCAUGAGCGACAGCACAGUGACCAGUGGCCAGCAGAAGUGGUCAGAGCCUGGGCAGACGUCACGGCCUUCUCAGGGCCCAUAUAUCUCAGUCAUCACCAACAGGACCACCAACCUGGUGAUCCGAGGGGCCAUGCUGUUCUCUGUGGGGGUUUUCCUAGCCCUGGUGCUGAACUUACUUCAGGUGCAGAGAAACGUCACUCUCUUUCCCCCUGAUGUCAUCAGCAGUAUCUUCUCCUCAGCCUGGUGGGUGCCACCCUGCUGUGGCACGGCCUCAGCAAUGAUCGGGCUGCUGUACCCCUGCAUCGACAGCUGUCUAGGUGAGCCACACAAGUUCAAGCGUGAAUGGUCGAGUGUGAUGCGCUGCGUGGCUGUGUUUGUGGGCAUCAACCACGCCAGUGCUAAAGUGGACUUUGCCAACAACGUCCAGCUGUCUCUGACUCUGGCGGCGCUCUCCAUAGGUCUGUGGUGGACGUUUGACCGCUCCAGAAGCGGGUUUGGCCUGGGAGUUAGCAUUGCCCUGUUGGCAACACUUGCCACCCAACUCCUGGUCUAUAAUGGAGUCUUUCAGUAUACUUCCCCUGAUUUCCUGUAUAUUCGCUCCUGGUUACCUUGCAUCUUCUUUGCAGGGGUGAUAACUAUGGGAAACAUUGGAAGACAGCUAGCCUUGUAUGAAUACAAAUUCAUUCAGGACAAGAUCCAUCAGGACUGAGGGAUCUCAUCAGGCCUCUGCUCAAAUGACAUUGUCUUUGCAUCAUUUUGAAGCUGGAGGCAGGUUUUGAGAGAACGUCUGCAUGCAGCAUAGAUGAGGACUGACUGGCUCUGGAUAAGCCACAUAUACAUGUCAAAUGUGACCUGAGCUCCUGAUUGGCUGCCUGGUCAUGAAAGUAUUUUUAAUUGGCUCUAGUCAGGCCAUCCAGAGCUCGGGUGGCCACUGGUUGUAUUCUGACCUGAGCUGAGAUGAACAAUGGGAGCAAAGUUUGUUGUGUUUCUUCUUGUCUUCGAUGCAGUUUGUCUCUACUUCCAUGGGAAGGGAUUAGCAGGGAAGCAUCUAUCGUUCUCACAUCAGCUCCUUGUUUGAAACCUUUGGCUUUGUUGUGCCAAACACAGUCACACAGGGGAUCAGUUUUAAAGUCUGCUCUUAUCUCCUGAGGCUUUCACAUCCUUCACGUAUCAGUGGAGAACACACAGCCUAGUUAACUUCUAUCUAAAAAGAUAUGCAUCUAUAUACCAGACCAUUUAUUGUAUGUAAUAAGCUUAUAUCGACAUUUUAGUUUUCUUGAUAGCAGAAUGAUGAUGUGUAGUGUACGCCUGGCUGCACUGGCUGUGAGGACACAGGGUGUUCAGUGGUUCUACCAGCCACACCUGCUCUGCUUGUUACCAACAUGUGUAGUAUCAUGAGAUCCAGAGAAUCAAAGGAAACAUUGGUUGUAAGUGAAUUUACAGCAGCUUAGGAGAUUUGUUUCAUCAAUACAUUAACCCAUGGCACCUUUUCUAAAAGAAUAUCCUUGUUGUGGGACCAUAUUUUUUUUGAAUACUUUCUUCAAUGUCAGGGAGCAACAUUUAUCCAAAUAUAUACUUGUAGCUUUCUCAGUUUCCUGUUAAAAAUGUGCAAAAAGCAGCUUUUGCUUUCCCCAAAACGGCAGGAAUACCAAAUUUCCUCACUUAUUGUCUUCAUAGCAAUGGGCUAAAAAUUGAUGGUUAUCCUUUAUAAAAUAUAGGUGUUAGAAUAUCUAAAAUAUAAGACAAUAGAUCAUGGAGAUAGAAAGGUCAAACCUGAAAUAAUCAAUAGGCUACUGGGUGUAUGAGAGGAUAGUAUGUAUGACCCUUUAUAACUCAUUGUGUUAGCUUAAUAUUUACCGAUACACACAUGGACACAUUUGUUGGUAACCUUCCAAUUAAGAAAACCCACAAUGGUCACUGAAAUACCUUGAAACUGACAAAAGCAAUAAGUAAUAAUUUAAUGAAUAUCAGCUAACUAAAACCAGACAUUGCUUUUGCAUUGUGGUUCAACAGAAUGAAUAAUGAAUAAAACUGGCCUGCACAAAAAUGAAACAACCCAUAACCUAAUAUUUUGUUGAACACUCUUUUGAGGCACUCUGCCAUCAAGUGAUUUCUGUAACUCUAAAUUUCCAUUUAAUUAGUUUGUAAUUUUCCUCUUGUGGCCAGGUCCAGGGAGGUGGGCUACAGUCCCAUGGACCCUGAACUUGUUAAUAAUAUUUGCAGCUGUAGUCACAGGAGCAUCAAGCUGCUUGAGAUGCUCUUCUAGUAUUUACCUUUAACAUGCUUGAUCUCCUCAGACAACUCUCUCCCUGCUUUCUGUGCACCAUGUUCACUGUGGUGCAAACCAAGACACCAAACAGUAGAGUGACUACUUUUCCCUUUAAAUAGGCAGAGUGACUGACUGACACCUAUGAUGCUGAUUACAGACACACUUUAAUUUAACAUGCGGCUGCUCAAAUUAUUUUUCAAUCUUUUCUUGUGGGACCAACUAAUAUGUUCAGGGUUUUUUAAAUUAUUCUGUUGAAUCACAAUUCCAAAGAAAUGUCUGAUUUUCCCUAGAUAAUGUUCAGUAAAUUAUUGAAAAAUUAUUAUUAUUACUUUUGUCAGUCUCAAGUUAUUUCAGUGACCAUUGUGUUUUUUUCUUUCUUUAAUGACAGGGUAACAACUAUUUUGUCCAUGUGUGUAUAGACACAUGUGAGCAAAUAACUAACAUGAUAAAAGGAGACGUUGUUAUAGGCCAACUGCAUUAUGUUUGCACAUGGUUACAAAUUAUACAUAAGGUGUCAUCACUGUGAGGUAUUGAGAAAAAACCCUUAAAGGUGUUACCACACUGAGAGCAUGUCUGAUGUUUCAGUCCUGAGAAGGAAUUACCUUCAUACCGCUCUCGUUCACAUUCCCAACUUGUCACAUAUGGACACUGCUUUGCGUCACUCAUUCGUAUUACAUAUUAGUAUUUACAUGCACUAACGUGCACAUGCGGCUGCCUACCACAACAAAGAACAGAGAAGCUUGAAUUAAAACACACGGAUCAAGUGUGUCUGAGUUUUUUCGUCAGGACUGUAUCUUUACAUAGUUCAUUAAUAUAGCAGUCAACAGAUAUUAACUAAGGUUAAGAUCCUGUUUCCGGGUGUACUUUAAAGCACAUUGGAGCUACAGUUGCUAAAUGCACCGUAUGAACUGUUUCUGAUCUGAAUGCUCUGCAUUACUUUUAACUAGCCCACAAAGAAAACCUACAUAUACAGUGUUUAGCAGUGUUGGUCAGUUAAAACCUUGAAGUUGUUCUCUGUGCAGUAGGUGUUACUGGGAUGGAUUGAUUGACAACCCUCCUAAUAGAAACUAACUAAAAUAAAUAAAUUAGAUUUAUAAAACAUGUAGACAUGUUGAAAACAGGGCGCACUUGUUUAUUUGUAAGAUGUAUGACUGGAUCAUUUAAGGGAUGUUUUUUAUUCGCUGUUUUUGAUUAAAAACAUGAUUGGUAUAAUUAGAUUUACAGCAUGUAAACAUGAACUAUCAACCAGUGUUUUUGUAAUAUUUGAUAGUUAAUGUAGGUGAGAUGAUGUGGAAACAUUUUCAGCAAUUUUUGUCAAAUAAUAAGAAAUUGUAUAGCAGCUAAACAGGGAUUUAUUGUUCCAUUGACUGAAACAACCUCUGAAAUCUGGUCCUGUGCAAUUUGUUGGUGUAAUAAAGACUAUGGCCUUUUGGUA